CAACAAAACAAACCGCAAAUAACAACACGAGAAAAAGUCGAACAUUUUAAAAACGAGAGCAAACAAAAUUUUGAAAGUCAAAAUUCACACUCAAAAUGAAGCAUUUAAUUAGAAACUACCACGAAAUCUACCCCCACAGUACAGUAAAAAUCAUUCGCAAAUCAAAACAAUCACUGCCAUGUACCACAGAAGUCACUAAAUUAUCAAAAGUUGAGACACCACAAAAACCACCACGACCGCCGCCACAAAAAUCAAACUCAACAGAAAAAGUUUCCCCCGAGUAUCGAGAGAAUCCUAUGAAAGUACAAAUGCUAUCAGGGAAUCUUUAUGAACAAGUCUUCGGCAAGGAUCCCAUCAGCAAUCCCGAUGGAGCCCUUGUGAGAAAAUGUAUCAGUGAACUGUCCAAACACGGUAUCGAUAUCAAAGCCAGCACAAAAAUGGAAGAUGUUCAUUUGAAGCUACCUCCACUGAAAGGCCAGGAUAUAGAAGAACACUUUAUGACCAUCGGUCGAGAGCAGUCUGCACCCUAUCGCCUUUUGAUUGACUCCUUGCUAGAGAAUCAUGUACAACCUCCAAAAGAAUGGUCAAUAAAACCUGGAUGGACGUGCUAUAAGGAAAGUGGACCCGUCCAAAUUGACUACCCGCAAGAAGACGGGCUUAUAUUCGAUGUUGAAGUCUGUGUCACAUCUGGUCCGGUUCCAACUAUGGCCACAGCAGUGGGAAGCAAAUAUUUCUACUCAUGGGUAAGUCCCCAGUUAGUUAAUCCUAAUCUCGCCCGCAGCGAAACCCGAAAGUACACUUUGGAGGACAUGAUUCCGUUAGGAAAAGUCCAACUCAUUGUGGGACACAAUGUUUCCUACGAUCGAGCACGGAUCCGCGAGCAAUAUCUCAUCCAAGACACUGGAACUCGAUUUCUCGACACAAUGUCCCUUCAUGUUUGUGUCAGUGGAGUCACCAGCUAUCAGCGGGCAAUAAUGAAGUCCAAAAAAGAGGUAUCCGAGGAAGAUCUCGAAUGGACCGCCCAGAGCUCCCUCAACAGCUUGGCUGAGGUACAUCGUUUGUAUUGUGGCCAGGAGCUAGCCAAAGAAGCCCGACAGAUAUUUGUCACUGGCACUCUGCAGGACGUCAAAGAAGAUUUCCAGAAUUUGAUGAACUACUGCUCCUCCGACGUUCUGGCUACCAAAAACGUCCUCAAACAGUUGUAUCCGAUGUUCUGUGAUCGAUUCCCACAUCCGGUUACCUUGGCCGGGAUGUUAGAGCUAGGAUCAGCUUAUUUGCCAGUUAACUCGAAUUGGAGUCGUUACAUUGAGGAGUGCAACCUGACUUAUGAAGACCUUGACAUCGAAUCGAAGUACCACUUGUCGAAGCGAGCCGAUGCUGCGUGUCAGUUGAUGAAUGGCGAGCGAUAUAAGCAGGACCUGUGGAUGUGGGAUGAAGACUGGAGCACCCAAAACAUCAAAAUGAAGAGGACAAUAGUUCGGAAGAAAAAACCACCUACAGAUGAGAAGAAGGAAACCCCCAAUGAAGGAGAAGAGGUAGAUCCAUUGGAGAAAAAGUUUCAAUAUCUGUACGACACAAAGAGCCUCCUUCCGGCUCGACGGCCACUCCUGCCAGGUUAUCCGGCUUGGUAUCGAAAGAUUUGCUCGAAACCAAAUCUAGAAGAUGCGUCGGAAGAAUGGUCACCAGGCGCGAACCAGAUUGGCACAGGUAUGCAAAUCGCCCCAAAACUGCUCUCACUUUGCUGGGAGGGCUAUCCUCUCCACUACAUCCGCGAACAGGGUUGGGGAUUUUUGAUUCCAUUCCGAGAGUCACAUCCAGAAGGCGUGGAUUCCACAAGAAUCCCGAUCGAACGCUUGGUUCAGAAGUGUCCGGUCAUGAGCUUUGUGGACAGCGAAGCAAGUGCCGAUGAGAGCGCCGAGGCGUUUUCAAAUCUCUGGAAAGACGUGGAAUCCAAUAUAAGCAAGCGAGACUACUAUUCUAAGAAGCGCAAGGAUAAGACUGCGGGAAAAUACGCUGGCACUGGAGUCUGGUGCAAUCAGACCCUCGAGGAUUGCUGCUGGUUCUUGAAACUGCCGCACAAAAAUGGACGGUCCUUUAGAGUUGGGAAUCCCCUGGCCAAAGACUUCCUCAAUAAAUUCUCGGACAACGUCUUGACUGGCGAUGGGGGUAAGUCUGCUGAGCGAGUGAUUGACAUCGCGCGAAUGCUCUCCUAUUGGAGGAACAACCGCGAUCGAAUUAUGGGACAACUUGUAUGCUGGUUGUCCAAGGAUGCUCUACCAACAGACUUGCAAUCGGAAGAGCGGGAAUAUGGAGCAAUCAUACCUCAGGUUGUGGUUUGUGGAACUCUGACCCGACGAGCCAUGGAACCCACAUGGAUGACAGCCAGUAAUGCCCAGCGAGAGCGAGUCGGGUCGGAGUUGAGAUCGAUGAUUCAGGCUCCUCGGGGUUAUAGGAUUGUCGGAGCCGAUGUGGAUUCUCAGGAACUCUGGAUAGCAUCGGUAUUGGGAGAUGCCCACGCUACGGGAAUGCAUGGAGCCACUCCAUUCGGAUGGAUGACCUUAAGUGGAUCCAAAUCAAACGGAACAGAUAUGCACUCAGUGACAGCGAAGGCGGUUGGAAUCUCAAGAGAUCAUGCAAAGGUCAUAAACUAUGCCAGGAUCUAUGGAGCGGGGCAGAAUUUCGCAGAAAGACUGCUAAAGCAGUUCAAUCCGACAUUUUCCGAAGCCGAAGCCAGAUCAAAGGCAAAGAAGAUGUUCAGCUUGACCAAAGGAAAAAAGACUUAUCGAAUGUUGGAGGAGUUCAGGGACGAGGAGGAAGAUGAGGAUGAGAAUUAUAAAAGAGACUUUUCUGCCUAUGAAGCCAUUGGAAUGGCUAAAACUACAAACAAAUCCGUUCCUGAACUGUUCUCGAAAUCCCGCUGGCAAGGGGGUACAGAGAGUGCUAUGUUCAAUCGCCUUGAAGACAUCUCCUCACAAGACCAUCCGGUCACACCAUUUCUCAAUUGUCGACUCAGUCGAGCUCUAGAACCUAAAGAUGGCGUAGAUGACCGUUUCCUGCCGACUCGAGUCAAUUGGGUUGUUCAGAGUGGUGCUGUGGAUUUCCUGCAUCUCAUGUUGGUCUCAAUGCGAUGGCUUAUGGGCAAAAAUGUUCGAUUUUGUCUCAGUUUCCACGAUGAACUGAGGUAUUUAGUGCGAGAGGAAUUAGCCUACAAAGCGGCGCUGGCCAUGCAUGCAACAAAUUUGUUGACACGAUCUUUUUGUGUGCAUCGAAUUGGACUCAAAGAUCUCCCCAUGUCGGUGGCAUUUUUCUCAGCAGUGGAAGUCGAUCGUGUAUUGCGCAAAGAGAGCAGUAUGGAUUGUAAGACUCCAUCAAAUCCUCAUGGUCUUACGAAUGGCUAUGGAAUUCCUCUGGGAGAGAGUUUGGAUGUCUAUAAGACAAUUGAUAAAGCAGGUGGAAAUGAUAUGUCCCAAUGGGAGUGGCAUAAGGGGAAGGAUGAGAAGUGAUGUUGUUUAGACAACCGAAUAGCUUUAAAGGAAAAGACAAUAAAAAUAGUUUUUUUUGUAAAGAUUUUUUUUUCAAGAA